AUGAAAAUGAUCCAAUUCGUUUUCCUCAAAAUGAAGCAUUAUAAUAUCAAACCAUCUGAGGAGUUUUUCUUAUUAGUAUCAAAAUACUAUGCUUCGGAGGGCAAAUUCCUACCUUUAUUACAAUUUUUAGAAUCGUCAUGUUCAAAAACAAAGUUUAACUAUGUUUAUGUGAAAUUGUUAUUUCAAAGUUUGGUUGACUCAUAUCCAUACUAUGCAUUAGAAUUCAAAAGCAAUUUUGACCUGUGGGUGAAAAUGAAUCCUGCCAUCUCAGUUCAAAUGCAGGAUCUUCUUCAAAACUCAUUCAAAAUUAAGAAAUUGGACUCUCAGAUAACACCAUUUGCAUUGUACAGAAAUUUAUUGUGUCUGAAAAAAUAUGAUUCGACUAACUGGCAAAAGUUAGAAUGGAAGCACGAUAAAUCAGGAAAAAUUAUAAACUGUACCGAGCAAAUUAAUUAUAGGAUCAACAAAGGAUUUAAAGACGUGCUAAGAAAAGGAGUUCGACCGGACCUCAAAAUAAUUGAAAACACCUUUCGCAGACUGAAUUUUGACAACAGGCAGAAAAUUAUACAUCUUUUGAAAAUGAUACGAAUGUAUGACCGAAUUGAAAAUAAAUUGAAUGUAUAUGAUUUGCAGUUGAAACCUGAUAAGCAGAAACUUAAACUGUACUUUCAUAAUGUCAGCUGGUCAAAAUUAAACUCAUAUCACUUGCUAACCCUCAGCCGACUUUUUAUGAACAAAAGACUAUAUUACGAGACAGAGGAAAUUUUAAAAUGCAUUCGACCCGAGGAAAUGUCAAGUAGGAGUCUCAUGAUCAAGUGGAAUAUCCAAAUGAGGAAUUGUUUAUUUUAUUCUAGAUUUGACGAAAUGAAGCUGUUAAUUGAUGAUUUCCGUUUAGAUGAGGUGACUUUGAGCCCUUAUUUGUAUAAGCAAUGCUGCCAUAUCGAAAAGCUUUUGAUAAAUAAACUCAAUGCUCUCAAAAAGAAAGAAUAUCUAGGAGGUGCAGAAGCUCUGACUAGAGAUGGUAAAAUAUUGAACCAGACUAGGAUCUUAGACAUGUUAAAACAGCUACGUGGUUUUAUAGGUGACGUUGACAUAAGAUUGACAGAAGACAAGAUUGAAAUAAGAGCUAAGGUCCAUGAAAUGUUCAAGUUUUUAGACUCCUGGCUUCAUAGUGACCGGUCAAACGAUAAUCGAUUAUUAUAA